GGCGAGAGUAAGAAGUUUGUGUGAAAAUUCAUUCUCCCGUUUGCGUGCGCGGUUUUGCAUAUCACUCUGGGAUUUAACUGAUUCAAUUAUUCGUUUAAGUGAACACGAAGAACUGACCAAUCAAGAGAAUAGUCCAUGUCAUGGAGACAACAGUGACCCUGGAAUGAUUAUACGUGAACAUGGUGCAUGAGAACUAAUGUUUUGAUACUUCUCUUUGGAUCUCCUUGAUGUUAUGCGAACAUUCGCCAGUCGGCCUUGUCAUUCAAGAUUGGAGCAAGAAAUUAUGUAGUGCAAAGUGGUACCACACACCAAUAAGUACAAAUGAAUGAUGAACUUUACUGUGCCAAACAUUUGUGAGAUCUAUGUUCUGUGAUGGGGUGGAAGAGAGCAGCAACGCUAUGGGUUGUCACUUGGAGUUGCUUGAUGCGGGGUUUGGACUUUGCACCCCAGGUUCCUCCGAAGCAAGUACCUUGUGAUAAAACAAGAAAAGUCUUUACAGACUCAUGGGGUAUUAUUAGUGAUGGCCCAAUGGGCUCAAAUUACACCCAGGAUUCUCACUGUGAAUGGCUCAUCAAAGCCAACAACAGUCGACAGUUUAUUACUCUUAGUUUUCGAACAAUGGGAACAGAAUGCAGUUACGACUAUGUCUUUGUCUAUGAUGGAGAUUCUUUUCGUUCUCCUCUACUAGGAAGUUUCAGUGGGAAAACAGAACCUCAGCAAGUCACAUCUUCAUCAGGCUAUAUGCUGAUUUUACUCUACAGUGAUACCAAUUACGUCCUGGACGGUUUUCAUGCCGAAUUCUCCGUAACGGACUGCCCAAAUAACUGUACAAAUCAUGGAGCCUGCAUACAAAAUACAUGUUUCUGUGAAAAUGAUUGGGGCGGAAAGGAUUGCUCAAGAGCUCUGUGUCCCAAUAACUGUGGUCGUGGAGGAGUUUGUCGGGGUGGACGAUGUCAGUGUCACCCUGGAUAUUCAGGACAGUCAUGUUCAUUACACAGAACAGAUCCUGAAGGAAAUAGGUGGCAUUGGCUGUCGCACUCAGAAGGCGGAAUGACUCCUAGAGCUGCCCACACUGCAGUUUAUGUGAGUCAAACGGAUUCUCUGUACGUCUUCGGAGGCUACGACCUUAACUUCAUUCUCAGCGACCUAGAGGUCUACAGAUUUAAUACAAAUCAAUGGGAAGACGAGCACGGCACUGUACUGGAAGGACUAUCAUCGACGGAAUAUGUAGACCCUAUGAUAUUAGCCAGCGAAUUAGAUCGGAUUCGGGAUGGAGCCGAGGCGCAAUACGGUCUACGUCCAUCAUCCUUCUUCUACAAGGUCCUCUUCAGCAUCAAGGAUAACAAUACGUUCAGCUUACGAGACCGAGCGAUGGUCGACGCAGGUCAGCACGGAUGGCGCGAGCUUCGCAACACACCGGAGCACCGGGAACGCGAGAGAAAGGCUCAGGAAGCACGUGAAAACGAGAUGAAAAGAAGGAACGAACGGAUUGAGAGGAAUGAAAAGCAACGACGGAAACAUCCUCGUCGCAUCAGACCUCGUUACUCUCAUUCGACUCUGACUACUCAUGCUAAACAUUAUCGACGUAGUGCAGACACUGGCACAGAAUAUGAGAACAGGCACAGUUCCAGCGUUCAGGAUGAUAUUGUCAAUUGGGAAAGUGAAGCGGCUGAAAACCCUCAAGAAGAUGGGCUCUACCUUCAGGGUAUUCUGGAGCCAAAGGUCACUACCGAAAGUUCCUUCAACGAUGAGUCUACUGAACGGAAUUUGGAUGAACUACCAAAGCCUAGUCCUCGAUACGGGCACGCUGCUUGUAAAUAUGAGGGUGGUUUCGUUAUAUAUGGUGGUAAGGUAGAGGAUGGCUCUCUAUCAAAUGAAUUGUGGCAUUACAAUGUGAACAGGAGUAUAUGGACGCUACGCGCUAAAAAUUCUCCAUUUUAUCCACCAAGACUCACUAGACAUACUCUCACUCUGGCUAGUGAUUAUGUUUAUUUAUUUGGUGGAAGUACAGUCGAUGGAGAAUUCUCUUCGAGUCUCUAUAAAAUUAAAUUAAAUCUCUCUGAUCCAACCGCCACGACUGAAAGAUGGCGGGAAGUACGCCCUCGCGGUGGUAAAGAAUUGGACGUUCGCGUUGUAGCACAUUCAACUGUAUAUCAUAAAGCUACUAAUUCUUUAUUAGUAUACGGUGGAGUAGUAGCUAGUGUAGCACGUUUUAGUAAAUUGUCCGAUAGAAUGUUUGUCUUCCAACUGGAUAGAAAGGUUUGGUCGGAGAUUCAUUAUCCUCGAGCUCAUCUGCGGGAUACCUACGUGCCACGAGAGCGGGCAUUUCAUACUAGCAGUAUAAUAGGAAAUUAUUUAGUCGUAUUCGGAGGAUAUUCUCAUAGGCAUAAUAAGGAAGAAAUCUGUUAUGAUAAUCAAAUGUAUCUGUAUCAUCUUGGUUGCCAUGCUUGGGUCAGUCAUGACGUUCUUGGAUUAGAUGAUAAUAAAGAGUCUAGAUAUCCCAAGCAACAGGGAGUCUUUGCUCAUGCUGCGGAUGUGAGGAAUGGUAAUACUUUGUUACUAGUCGGUGGUUAUCAUGGUAACGUGAAUGCAGAUUUAUUGGCGUACACCCUGCCGCCAAUGCUCGCACCAGGAGACAAUGAUUACAUAGAGCCAGAGCAGAUUUGUUCAAGACAUAAGAGUCUUAUGGAGUGCGCAGCUAAUCCAGAAUGCGGCUGGUGUUCAGCCGACGAGAUCUGUUACGGCAGAACAGUCGGUAGUAAUUGCACAACAAAUCUUCAGACAACCCGUUGUCCAGGAGUCUGUCCUGCACUUGGAGAUUGUCACUCCUGUUUGAUACAUGGCCAACCGGGUGGUGGCUGGGGUACGAAUUCACGUGGAAGAAGUUCAGUAUCCAAUAAGCUCAAUCUAGGCACUUGCACCUGGUGUGUUCAAAAUGCUCGUUGUCAUCACAAGGAUGACAAUUACGGCGUGUGUGGUCUGAGGGAUGAUACUCCUUCUCAAAUUCCUGGAUGGUGGGGACCCAAGGGUACUGAGAUCGCCAAGGUGGAGGAGUGUCGUGAAAUGGACAAGAGACCUGGACUGACGUUCCUCAAGUACAGACCACCUGUUAACUUUAGUCAACCAGACUCCGUGACUAUAGUCAAUGCCACCACUGUCGAUUUUAAUGUACCUUCUAUGCAAGGUGCCAAAACGGAAUCCGCCCUUGGCGGAGAGAUGAUAGCACGGCUCAUUGGCUUCUUAAGACCACCUCAGUACUUCUGGGACAGUACUGUAGAAUAUUUGAAAAUCUGUGUCAGCUACAACAGUGCCACGCUUCAUGUAUCGCGUAGUGACGAUCAUCAAGAGUUGGAACUCGUGGCUAAUUUAACAGCUGAAACUUCUCAGUGUAUACCCACCAAUUGGCCAGAUGGAAAUCAGAUGAAAUUGUUACCAGGUCGUUACCUCCUGGACUUUGAGUCAAAGCGAAUGGUCACGGCUAGCUAUGCCUAUGCUAGCAAAAUGGAGAUAACACAUAACCGUAACGCUGAGAACCCUAAAGUAUUCACUUUUGAGUAUCUGGAACCGUAUCAAAAUGGAUCCUGUCAUCAGUAUAAAAAUUGUUUGCACUGUCUGACGGACUCUUCUUGCGGCUGGUGUGACAUUAUUAACAAGUGUCUGUCACGUACUGUCAACGAAACUGAAAGUUGUGCAGCUGACGUAGAGUGGGACGAAGAUGGAAAUGCAAUACGUGAAUGGCACUACCUUACAAUUACUCCAUCAGCCUGUGCUAAUUGUUCUAAUUAUAUAUCCUGUGAAUCUUGCGUUGGUAGCAAUUUGUGUGAAUGGUGGACGGAGGAAGCUCGUUGCGCCAGGAUGGGCCGAUUACCAAAUGCUGUGUUAAGUUUAGACCAGUGUCCGAUCCCAUGUAGACAACGUUCUAACUGUACCCAGUGCCUCGACGAACGUGGAAGAUGCGUCUGGUGCGAAGCUACCCAGGAGUGUUUCUCAUUCUCGGUAUAUACAUCAGAGUAUCAGUUUGGCCUAUGCCGUGAAUGGCUGGACCAGGCUGGACUCAUGGGAGUGACUUCAAGAUCAGGAUCAUCUCUCACAGGAAACGAUCAGUGCAAAAGUUGUAGCAGGCAUACCAAUUGUUCGAGCUGUCUUCAUUCUCUGAGCUGCGGCUGGUGUUACAGUCUGGAAAAUCCAAUCAUGGGUGCUUGCGUUCAAGGUGACUUCAAUCAACCUCACGUAAACUGUAGUCUUGUUAUAAACGAGUAUCAAAACACAACUCUGGAAGUUGAAGAAUCAGGCUGGGCUUAUGCACAGUGUCCCGACGUAGACGAGUGCGAUCUUGGACUUCAUGAUUGCCAUCCUAACGCAGUCUGUACCAAUACCCACGGAAGCUUCAGCUGUCAGUGCAAGCGUGGCUUCAAUGGCGACGGCAAGGAGAACUGCACAAAGACCUGCUAUGAAAAGUGCGUCAAUGGAUACUGCAGUGAAGCACCAGAUUAUCGUUGCGAGUGCAACCUUGGCUGGACUGGUCCAGAUUGUAGAACAAAUUGUGGAUGUUAUAAUCAUUCCACUUGCAUGCACGGUCCAGGUGUCUGUGACGAGUGUCAGGAUUGGACCACCGGGAGAUACUGUGAGGAAUGCAAAGCAGGCAGCUAUGGAAACGCUACAACGAGUCUAGGAUGCAGGAAGUGCAAUUGCAACGAGCACGGUGAUAAGGAUUUGGAUGUCUGUGACAGACAGACUGGCGUGUGCUUCUGUCGAGAUAAUACUGAAGGUGACAGGUGUCAUCAGUGCAAGAAAGGGUACUACGGUGAUCCUAGAGAUGGCGGAAUGUGCUAUUACGGAUGCAUGUCCAGGGGUAUGCUCGGAGGUGAAGGUAUUGGUAAACAAGGACUAGGAAGUCGACAUUCUCAACUCUCCCUCUGGGAAACUCACUUGGGUGUUUCGCUUACAAGAGAAUGUCUCUGGAUUAUAAGUCCCGAGACAGGAUUGUCCUUGGACACGAUGACUCCUAGCAUUCAGAGUGUCAUCCAAUUUACUAUUCACGACGAUAUAAACAUCAGGUGUCAAGAAAACAGUGUCUACGUAUAUGACGGACUUCCUGAGUUUGUCUCAUCCACCACGAGUCACCAGAAUCAAUUGCUAGGAGUCUACUGCACCGAGAGCACCAAUUACCCAGUAACCGUCGAAGCAAAAUCUGGUUUCCUUACGGUUCAUUAUAAACAACUAGACGAGGUCGAAGGCUUUAAUGCUAGUUACGUCGUGAUGACCUGCAACAACUGUCCUGAGAAUCGAGAAUGUCGUAAUGGAAACUGCCUGUGCAAACCUGGUUUCGUUGGUAUAAAUUGUGACGUAGAACUGUGUCCUAACAAUUGCACCUCGUCCAAGAAGCAAGGUGUCUGCGAUAAAGGCUAUGGACACUGCGUAUGUGCCCAGGGCUUUGGAGGUCGCGAUUGCUCUAUUAAGAUGAAAGAGAAUCAACUGGUAUUCACAGAACUCUUUAAUUCUGAAUAUCUAGCUGAUCACUUGGAUCAUCUAAGAAAAACAUUACCCAGGUUUGGACAUAGUCUAGUGGCUGACCGUCGUGGUAGUCUUUGGAUGUUUGGCGGCUAUUCCUUGAGUCAUGGUCCUCUGAACGACAUCAGGCUUUUCGACACGAAGAACAACACUUGGAUGCCUGUCACUGUGGAGUCAACGUCAGAAGCUUCUAUGCCUCGAGGAAGAUACUUUCACGCAGCCGAAAUAGUUCAUAGUAGACAACAGAUUUAUGUCUACGGAGGAUUGUCUAUGAAAGAGAAAGCUUCUGAAAGUUCGCCGAACAACUACCUUAAUGACUUCUGGAAGUUCAGCCUGCAGAAUCAACGCUGGAGUCGCGUUAGUCGAGAUUUAUUGAAAGGGGAACCUCCAUCGUUGGCUGGUCAUACACUCACUCUACGUCGUGACGGGGAAUCGGAAAGUCUCAUAUUAAUUGGUGGAUUUAGUCUCAAACAUGGCUACCUGGAUACCGUAUGGGAAUUUAAUCUUGAAACCAACACCUGGGACAUUAUCAAAACCGUCGGCAACGGUCCUGUAGGUGUCUAUGGUCACACCACAGUCUAUCAUAGCAAAUCUGACAGCUUCUAUAUUUUCGGAGGAUAUACCUACUCAUUUAACAGAACCUUCAUAUCGAAUAAACUCUACGCCCUGAAUUACAAAAUGCGAACCUGGUCCAUUUUGCCGCCAUUCGAGGAUGAAUUUACUGAUGAAAACAGUCUGCCCCAGGCACGGUUCCUACAUUCAGCAGUGACAACUGACGAGUACAUGGUCAUCUUUGGAGGUCGUCAGAAUCCUCACAACACUACAGAUUCCCUAAUAGCUUAUAAAUAUUCAUGUAAUCUUUGGAUUCGACUCAUCACCAGAGAUACGGAGAUAAUCGGUAACUCACCACCGCCAGCAUAUGCUCAUGCAAUGACUCACGCUGAUCCGGAAACCAAUGCCGUUUACGUGGUGGGUGGUUUCGACGGUGGAAUAAAGAGUCACGUAACGCUUAUCGACAUCCCCGAAGACCUGUGCAAUCUAUGGACUAAUAAAACCACCUGUCGCAAAUACUUCGGCUGCUCCUUCUGUGCAGUAACUACCAUUUCCGGUACCAAUCUGUCCUACUGCUUCUCCAAUGAAGAAUCCGUCAACCGGGAUGACAAGUGCGACAUAAACGUUACCCAGGUUCAACGCUCUAAUGGUAUCUUUUGCAAUUCUGAUUGGAUGGCCAGUAGAAAGUGUCAGAACUUCAAAACCUGCACCGAAUGCCUCGCCCAAUGGCCCUACUAUAAAGACGACGAGCCUAUUUGCAAAUGGUGCUCUAAGUGUCCUCAUGUGAAAUGCAUUCCCUAUGAGAAAGACUGCGAUGACCUAAAUAAAUGUAGUGUGCAGCAGGUACCUGUGACUAAUGUUGAUCAGUGCGAUGAACGUCAGUGUCCUGCGAGUGACUGUGAAAAAUGUAACAGCCUCUCGGACUGCAUCUGGACCAGACAAGUUCUCAAAAUUCCUGAACCUGGUAUCAAGAGAUACGGAGAACCAAUCUACGACUGGAACUGUUCCCCAAAAGACAUCGAGAGGUCCAAUGUUAAAGUAGAGAAUGUUGAGUGUGGGAAACGCUGUAGUGAUUACACGGAUUGCACAAGCUGUCUGCAGGGAACUGGAGCAGAAGGUGGAUGGCAUGAGUGUCGCUGGUCUUCACAACUGAAUGAGUGCAUUUCUCCAUCGUAUCAACCACUCUAUUGCGCUGGUGGUGUCUGUGGACUUGUUUUACGUAACACUGACGUCGAGUACUGUCCAGAACCUUGUGCAGUUUUUAAGCAAUGUAGCACGUGCUUGAAACACUCACACUGUGGUUGGUGCUCUUUGGAUUCUGCGAAUGUCACUGGUCAGGGUAUCUGCACCGAAGGUUCCUUGGAAGCACCAAGUGAUCAUCCAGCUGGCGGAACUUGCGAAAUGCUUUAUCAUGAGCAAUAUCCACGGACUGAAUCUGUACUUUCACCCAUUGUGACUACAUUAUUACCACAAUCAUUUGAGGCUGUUGAGUCUCAAGAAAAUGUAACAAUGCUGAUAACGACACCAGCACCACUGCCUAGUUUCUCUUGGCAUUAUGUCCGCUGUCCUUCUGAAAAUGAAUGCAUAAAUGGCCAUCAUACUUGCUCUGCGAAGAGUGAAAAGUGUUUCGACAAGGAGGAAGGUUUUGAGUGUAUGUGCGGUGAUGGAUACAAAACUGAAAUUACUUGGACUGCCAAAGAGUACGGCAGGAAAAAAUGUGAACCAAUGUGCACACAAGGCUGCGUACGUGGAAGUUGCGUUGAACCAAAUGUUUGCCGUUGUGAUUUUGGAUACGUUGGCGCAAAUUGUUCUAUCCAGUGUCAGUGCAAUGGACAUAGUAAUUGUGCAGGACCUGACAAGCUGGAUGUAUGUCUAAUGUGUCACAAUAAUACCAUGGGUCCUCAGUGCGAUAAGUGUUUACCUCUCUACGUUGGAAACCCUGCAGACAAUGGACAAUGUAUACCUUGUCUUGAAUAUUGUAACGGGCACACUCGAAUAUGCAUCAAUGAAAGUAUGACAGUAGCGGACCCAAACUCAGUGGACAAGAUGUCUAUUGAGCUUCUGAAGAAGCAGCUGGUAGAGGGUCCAGUUGCGAAAGCAAAAUGUGUCAAUUGUGGUAACAACACGAAAGGUGACAAAUGUGGGGAAUGUGUUUCUGGAUAUUUUCGAGGAACUGAAGAUCUUCACGACAUAUGUCGACCGUGCGAGUGCCAUGGCCAUGGAUUUACUUGUGAUCCUGUUACUGGAGAAAAGUGUAAUUGUGGCAAUAAUACUGAGAGCGAACCUUCCUGCACCAGUGGUCCAACUAAAGGAACCAACAAUGGUGGAACACCAUGUUGGAUGGUUCAGUGUAGCAAAUGUCGAGAAAAUUAUGCUGGUACACCAACCAUGGGACAUCAGUGCUACAAGACUGUAACCGUUGACAACAAGAUGUGCUUCGAUUCUAAACUAAUAGGAUCUUAUGAUGAGUGCAAGAUGAAACCGAAGCCACUGAAUCCUGGACAAACGGUCUUCUACAUGGUACAACCAAGGUUUAUGAAUGUGGACAUCAGAGUAAUGGUGGAUGUCACUCAAGGUGCCCUAGAUCUGUUCCUCAGUCCACGAGAUGAUUCUUUUGUAGUAAAUCUCAACUCAUCCACUGGAUACCAAGAGGUCGAGUUAGAUUCACGUUUCAAAUGGCGUCGAGAUCCUCAUGACAGUUGGCAAGAAAAUCAUCCUCGAGAUAAAACCAAGAUUGUUCAAUUCCAUCCACAUGAUACGUUUUACAAUUCUCCAAACGGUACAACUACUGAACCAAACUGGAAUACUGGGCCCCAGUACAUCGUUGUGGAGCGGUACGCAGAGGGUCUGGCAACAUUUGUAACUAUCGAACAAAGAAAUACGUUCCUGGUGUUACGUAAUCUGACAAAUCGUCUAGUGCUAACUCUACCGCAAGAUAAGCAUGAACUCGGUCAGACAAAGUUCCACAUAGCUUUAAGAGCUAUUGACACUCCGAAUCCUGAGGAGAAUGGUCGAGCAGCCUACGGGAUGAUCUUCUUCAGGCAAGAUCAACUCCACAUCGACCUCUUCGUCUUCUUCUCAGUAUUCUUCUCUUGCUUUUUCCUCUUCCUGGCAGCCUGCGUCGUCGCUUGGAAGACCAAACAAGCCGCGGAUGUACGUCGCGCUAGAAGAAGACACGUCGUAGAGAUGCUUCACAUGGCUAAGCGUCCUUUCGCCUCGGCGACGAUUCUCUAUGACCGCGACGGCAACGACUGCAGCCCCAGCUCACCUCAGCGCAAAGGACGUCGUAACAAACUUAUCAAUUUCCACAACGACGUCAGACCCGUCGCCGUGGAACCUACGGAUGAUGGUGUUGCAGCUGUCGCGACAGUCUUCAUUAGACUUCCUGGUGGAAGGCAAGCUCCAGUUAAAUUGGCUCUUGGCAGCUCGUUGAUACUCUUAACCAGGGUAUAUCCGGUGAACAGUAGAGUCUUUCUAAGACGUCGAAACAGCCAUGCACCUAACUGACUUAGGAUAGUUUAAAUUGAAAAAAAGCGUCUCGAUGAUUCGGUAGCUGAAAAAUCUUUACAUCUCUUUUGUUCCGUUUUUUUUCUUUGUACAAUCCUAACAAUUUUUAUAUGGGUUUGCCCAGGUGCGUGGGCUAGAUUGUAAGUAUUGCAGGUAAUUUUAUAUAAUUUUAAAAUUUACAGAUUUUAUUGGUGUUUUUUUAUAUAUCAUUAUGAAUUGUAUAUAUAAUAUGGUUAUAUUAUUUGAAAAGCAUCACAAGGGAGUUCGAGUAUGCCUCUAACUUUGGCAAACUAGAGUCUAAAGCCUGUAUUCAGAACUCGCUUUUAGUGCUAAUAGCGCGCUUUUACAUUUUUUCUUGGUGACUUUUAACUACGAGCGACUCUAUUAGCGACUUUAAGAGCGAGUUGCGAAUACGGGCUUUAGGCGUUACUCCAAUAUAAUUACGGGUCACAAUUUUCAAAAUGAAACGCAAAAAUGCCUUUAGGCGUAAAUUUUUUGUUUUAUCUCUUCAUUCCAUUAUCAACAUUUAUUUCCCAAAGUUCUCUUUGGUUUUCUUGUUGGGCCGUUUCGCGUCGAUUACAACUUCAAUAUUUCAUCCUGAACAUCGAUCAAUAAUUGUUUUUAAUGAAAAGGAACAAAAAGAGAAAAAAUAAAAAGACGUCCCUCUUAAGCUAAAUCAACUACUGUACAAUAGUCUGUAAUGGGUUAAGCGAUCGGAGUAACCUUUUAGAAUAUAGGUAAUAAUAUAUUGUCAUACCAUUCCGCGAGGAGACUGUACGUUUUGUAUAUAACAAUCUGUAAUUAUGUAUUAAUCAAGCGUGUCAUAGCGCCCUUUUAUAGAAGUGUUAUACAAGACGAGUUGCGAGCCGUGGUUUUUAGAUGAGGUCAAGCGAUACGAAUAAUCAGGAUGACAAUGAUUCGAAAGACGGGUAAUAUAUAUCCAAAAAAAAAAAGAAAAUGAUUGUAAUCCGCGCAAGGUGCUCACUUCUUGCCGCAAUCUGGAAAAAACAGGGUCACCCCGCAUUAAAAAUAUCGGAUACCGAGUAGAAAAUCGGUAAUCCUAGCGCGCGUCGCUAAACGAUCCUGGCCAAUCCAACCGAACAGUAUUAGACAGCUUGAACUUCUUAGAGUCUGAAUUAAUUGAGAAUUUGUAAGAUGUAAAAUUUUAUCAGACGUUCUCCACUCGUAUUAUUUUCCAUGAACAGAAACAGAUAAAGACUCACGGAACAUCCAACCCGGUAAAGCGGAAAGGAAAAUGAUAUUCUAGAUAGGAAAGAGUCUAUCGAUUUACGGCUAAACUGCGAGUUCGUUACCACGUAAUAAUCAAAACGUAUAAAUAAUUAUGAAUAUUAACGUAACGAUGUCGACGUGAUUAACUUUUAAGAGACUCGAGAUGAAUUGAGAUCCUGAAAAUCUCUUUUCUCUUUAGAUUUGGGUGGAUUUAGGAAAUCAGUGUAUAUAAUAGGCAGCGUCUUUGCAAUACUGUAUUCGGCCGACUGCGAAGAUGAUGUAUUUUUUAUUUUACAAGUGUCGAAGGAGUAUUGUUAAUUAACUAUUAUCUUUUUCGCUACUGUGUUAUGUAGUAUUUUCAAACUAUUAUUUCUUUAUUUUAAUAAUCUCUCUGUUCGUUCGUUGGUUCAGCGUUUUAGCUCCAUUCCUAAUACUCAUAUAAGUUAAGACUAUUCGACGCCUUUUUAAGCAAAGUUCGGACGUUAUACGUAAUAUAAUUAUACAGGAUAUACAGAUAUAUGAAAUAGGUUUUUUCUUAUAUACACGGUUAUAUAUGUAUGUACACACAGUUAUCUGUCUCUCUCGAUCGUUUUCUUUUUUGUUCAUUGUACAGAUCUUAUGUAUUACUUUAUAAAUGUUAUAUUUUAUAUAUACUUAUUGUAUUCGCAAAUUCUUUAGAAUGCGAAUUCUUCCACGCAGCUCUGUAAUGCAUCGCGCUGAGAUGUGAAGUCGAGGUGCUUAAUUGUCCCUCAUUGUAGGAAUUUAUGGUUGUGAUAAAAUCUAUCCGAUGGUUGGAUACCUUGCAAUUUGUUUUAUCAAUUAUUAUUAUUUGUCUCUCUAUAUUUUAUCGUAGGGAAUCCAGGCAUUGCGAAUGUUAACACAUAAGGGAGGUAAUAUGGUUGUAUGAAAUGGGAUUAGUGAAAUGUGUAUUGAGGAAGUGUUAAUAAUAAUUAAGUGUAAAAAAUUC